UCCUAGUGCGAAUAUUUUGCUCGAUCACCGUACGACGCUCAAGCCUCUACAAAAGAAACCCUAGAGAAACUUCAGCUGAUGGGGACGCCGGAGACAUCUAGAGAGCCCUGCCCGGAUCGUAUCCUCGACGAUGUAGGUGGCGCCUUCGCUAUGGGAGCUGUUGGAGGCUCGGCCUUCCACUUCCUGAAGGGAAUCUACAAUUCCCCCACAGGGGCCCGCCUUGUCGGUGGCUCCCAGGCCGUGCGCCUCAACGCCCCGCGAGUCGGCGGAAGCUUUGCCGUCUGGGGUGGCCUCUUCUCCGCCUUCGACUGCACCAUGGUAUACGUCCGCCAGAAGGAAGACCCCUGGAACUCAAUCGUGGCCGGCGCCGCCACCGGUGGAUUCCUGUCCAUGCGCCAGGGCCUCCCCGCCUCGGCUCGAUCGGCUGCUUUCGGAGGAGUCCUCCUGGCUCUCAUCGAAGGAGCCGGGAUCAUGCUCAACCGUAUAUUCAGCGCGCAGCAACAGAUGCCCAUGGUCAUCGAAGAGCCCCCACCCAAUAUGCCUGCUCUUCCUGCCUUCAUGGGCCAGUCACCAGGCCUGCCUCAGGCCCUGCCCACGCCUGAGCCGGCGUCCGCAGCUGGAUCUUCUUCGGAUUCUGGUUCGGGUUGGCUCGGAGGCUGGUUUGGCGGAGCAAAGAAAAAAGAUUCGGUAGCAACUACUAGCGGAAGCGAGACGAAGAUCUUGGAAAGUUUCGAUGCGCCACCGGUGCCGAGUUUUGAGUACAAGUGACAAAGGUUAUUUUUGAGGCAUCUCUUUGAUCAUCGGUGAUUGCAAUACCCUUUCAUCAUUCCUCCCCAAUUCAUGAAGUUAUUUUUCUAAUUAUAUCUUUACAUGAUGUCUUCUUCCUUGAGAUGGGUACUCCAGCUAUGCACAAAUUUUUCACUUGGUGAUGUGUCACUGGUAGGCUGGAUUUCAUUCUAUACUCAAGCCUGAAAGCGUAGAAAGAGUAGGACGCGGUUGAACAUGUAGUUUGUAUCCAUCAUAUUGCUGAAAUUAGAUGUAAACCAUGUUCAUAUCUUUGGUAUGUUUUGAAGAAUUUUGUAUUGUUUUUCAAUGUCUAUUUCAUGACAGCAUGCUGUCAUGUGACGGCUUGCUGACAAAGAUAGUUGAAUUUCUAACCUGUGAACCAGUUCCAUUGUUUGGUUGGACGGACAUAUCUGGUAUGUUAUAUGCUUUUGGUC